GGGCCGAGCGGCGCUGGGGCCCGGCGUGACCGUCAGUUGCGCCCGAGGCGGUCGGGUGUGUGUGUGUGUGUAUUGGGGAGUGAUGUGUGUAUUGUGUAGUCAUUCUGGAGUCUAGCGGAACAGUCUGCCAUCCAGGCACCGCCGGAUUGCUCCUGGGACAUCCUCUAACGUGACAUUGUGAGCGGUGUGCUGGAGGCAGCGUUGUAACACGAUACUGAUAAGUGAAACCCGAGAAAGUCUGUGUUUACGGUGAGGAAGCAUGAUUGACUUCCUCCGCUGAUUGAGCUAUUGGAACAACACUUCCCCGAAUGGGCUUCUGAGCAUCAGCAGUGCUUCACUAAUGAGUCCAGCUUGGCGACAGGACCUCUGACACGACCGUCCGUUGCUACGGAGGAGACUACGGCUAUCACCCCGGUGUCACUACGCGAUGCCGGUCCUCAGCGGCUCGGCCAAUGAAGCUCGUCAUGGUCUAGCUGGAGAAACUGGAGCCGCGUGAUGACGCCCUCCGUCGGCGCGGCUCGGCGGCUGGUGCCACUCCUGGUGCCACUCCUGGUGAUCGUGGCGGUGCUUUUCGUAUCGCCCGUCACCACCGCGGAACUAGAGAGAUGCAUGACCGACCAGCCAGAGUCUCUCUCCCGAGGUCUGGACUGGAUGGGCGACCCGCUCGACAUCCGUCUACAGGUCUCCGACAGGCCCGGCUCGCUGCUCAUCGCCUGGGUGUUCAAACUGUUUCUACGGGAGAUGUACGGAUACCGUAACACCAGUCUGGUGCUGCUACCCGACCGAUUCUCCAUGGAUGACUACCUGACUGUCAUGUCAGACUGUCCGCGGGAGAACUUAGCCUGUCAGGAUCAAACCUGUGACAGCAAGACCUUCAGCCCGCCAUGUCACAUCCCGAGUGCUCUGAUCAACCUGCAGGCCUGGACGCCGGCCAGCUACGACCUCGACUUCUGGGCUCACUACAACGUGCUCUAUGCCGGCCGGCUGGGGCCCGAAACCAGGAUAGGCUGGUUUCUACAGGAGCGAGUGAGCAAUUCUAGCAGAAGUAUCGUCGACCACUGGCGGGCGUUCCAGCACCCGGAGACGGCGCGGGUGUUCAACUACACUGACGCCGAGGUGCAGCGGCUGAGGAGGCACCUGUGGGACGGCCAUAGGUACAACUGUGAAGAUGCUCGUUGCGUGGAUGGUGUAUUCGUUCCUGAUGCAUGUCGUGGAAAUCAUUGCGCUGUUCUGCUCGCCUCUACCUCGAAUGAAUCUGGCUAUGUGAUCGAGCUUAUCUUGAAGUACCACCUUCAAGUGCGAGUGUUUUGGGUGGGAGACAACCUGGGGGACAUCGUGAGGCAAAGGACUGACAACAACGAACCCGUGCUGUUUGCGCAUCACGCGCCCAGCCCGCUCACGCUCCAUUCGAGUUACGUGGAGGUGGCGUUCCCACCGUGCCUGGGAGGCAGCACCUGCCCCACCGGCGCCCGCUACCUGAAGAAACUGGCCUGGAGCGGACUGAAGGAGGCUGCUGGUCUGGCAUAUAAGGCGCUGGCGGACUUUCGUCUCUCCCAGUCGCAGUUUGAGGAACUGAUGGCGCUGUCAACCCCGUCCUUCAACCCUGGCCGGGUGGCCUGCGACUGGAUGAGGCGUAACAAUAUCACCCUGAUGGAGCAGUGGCUGAGCAGGAUACGACCCACCAACAUGAUCUACCUCGGCGGCAUAUUCCCCAUCAUGGGCAGCAGCUACCAGGACCCCGGUGUCAUUCCCGCGGUGAUGAUGGCCAUCGAUGCAAUCAACAGAAACACGAGCCUGCUUAGCGAGUACAAGAUGGACCUGCUGAUCAGUGACGGCCAGUGCAGUGCCGAUAUGGUGAUGAAGACGUUCAUCAACUAUCUGCGAAUGCCCAUCUUCCCACAGAUGGCCGGCGUUCUAGGACCGGCCUGUUCUAACACUCUGGAGCCAAUAGUGGGUGUGGCUCGCCACUUCAAGGUAGUGGUCAUUUCGUUCAGCGCAGAGGGCGUACUGCUCACCAAUAGGACGCAGUAUCCGUACUUCUUCCGCACUAUUGGCGAAAACAAACAGUUCAGGUUUGUCUAUAAGCAGCUCCUGAAGCAGCUGCAGUUCAAGCGGGUCGCCUCGCUGACCGAAGCCGGCCAGAAGUACUCCGAGUACAUAUCGCUGCUGCACGACAUGCUGCAGGAAUCGGGCGUCACUUUCGUCUCCAACAGAAAGUUCCCGAGUGACACGAUCAAUAUGACGCCUUAUCUGAAGGAUCUGAGGGAGCAGAAUGCGCGAAUUAUCAUCGCUGACAUGUAUCAAGUGGCCGCAAGAGCCAUCAUGUGCGAGGCAUACCACCAGAACAUGACUGCAAAGGAGGGUUACCUCUGGUUCCUGCCGGAAUGGUUCUCCGGAGGCUGGUUCAACACGCCCGCCUUCUCCGGCAACAACAAACGGUGCUCCAUCGAUCAGAUUAUGCAGGCGCUGGACGGUCACCUGGCGCUGGCACAUGCCGACUACGCUAGUAACGAGUCCAUCAUGCAGGAAAACAUCACUGUCAGUCGCUGGAAGGAACUCUACGAGGUUCAAUGCUCCAAGCUAAAUGUUACGAAGUCAAAGUACGCCAGUUACGCUUACGAUGCUACGUGGACGUACGCCUUGGCGCUGGAUAAACUGUUACGUGAGCAGUCAUCGCGAUACCAAGACCUCCAUAGAGACAACACCACAAUUCGCCUCGUCGAGCUGCUGAACGUGACCGACUUCCACGGCGUGUCGGGCCACCUGCGCUUCGUCGGUCCGUCCCGGGUCAGUGUCACGGAGGUCAAACAGUGGCGCAGGGACGGAGACAGCACCGGCUACCACGUGGUCGGCCGCUUCUACCCCGAUCACAGCAUACCGGAGGGAGGCAGACUGGAAAUGGACGAAUCCAAGAUCCGCUGGCUGACUCCGAACGGCCUGCGGCCGGUGGACGGCUCCAGCCCCCCGUGUGACCUCCAGCCCCUGGCAGACCUGCUGGACAUUAGCUGCCAGGAUGCCAUGAUCGUGGCCAACGUGGUCGGCCUGCUGCCCGUCAUACUCCUCUUCCUCAUCUGCGCACUAUUCUAUAAGAGAAGGUACGAGCGCAAGAUGUUACGGCUACAGGAGAUGGGCCUUGGUAACUGGGUGGCCUACUCGCCCGAGUGGGAACUGAAGAGGGAGAACAUCGUGACGAACCGGAAACUGGGAGAGGGUGCGUUCGGCACCGUGUACGGCGGCGAGGCACUGCUCGUGAAGGAUCGGGAAAGGGGAGAAGCCGGCGGAAAGCCGGACAAGAAACGUGUGCAGAACGCCGAGCAGCCGGAGGAAUGGUGUUCUGUAGCCGUGAAGACGCUGAAGUUGAACGCUACGUUGGAGGAGAAGCAGGACUUCUUGCGGGAGGCGGACAUCAUGAAGGGUUUCGACCACACCAACAUCGUGCGGCUGCUGGGCGUCUGCACUCUUGCUGAACCCUUGCUGACCGUUAUGGAGUUCAUGCUGCACGGCGACCUCAAGACAUUCCUGCUGUCUCGUCGGAACCCCAAGGAUGAAUGCGGAGAAAUAUCCGACAAGAACCUCACAUCGAUGGCGAGAGACGUGGCGUGCGCUCUCAGUUAUCUAGCCGAUCGGAAAUUCGUCCACAGGGACGUGGCUUGCCGAAACUGUCUGGUUAGCGGGAGCUACGUGGUGAAACUGGCCGACUUCGGUAUGACGAGAUCGUUGAGCGAGAACAACUACUACAAGUUUCACCGAGAAGCCAUGCUGCCUGUCCGCUGGAUGGCGCCAGAGUCGCUGGCUGAGGGUAUCUUUACACCAAUGUCGGACAUCUGGUCGUACGGAGUUCUACUGUUCGAGAUUACCACCUGUGGUAGCUUCCCGUUCCAAGGUUAUGAGAACGGGCAGGUGCUUGAUAUCGUGCGCAGUGGUCGGCAUAUCACCAUCCCACCCGGCGUGAAGCCCGAAUUUGCUGAGCUUCUGGAGGCCUGCUGGUCGUUUGACCCGGACGACCGUCCCGAGGCGCGUCGGCUGGUCGAGGUGCUGGGCGUGCAGCACCCUCGUCUCAUUUCCCGCUGUCUGGACGAGCCCCUGUCGGUGGUCCAACUGAACGGCGCAGAGAGUCUGCUGGCAGACGGACGUCGCUGUGGACGACCGGCCACCAGCCGACCCCGACCUCCAGCACAGCGCGCACAGUCACACGAACAUUCGGAGCCGGCUGAGGCGCGCCACCUACUGGAGCGGUCCGUGACUCCCGUGACGCCUGUGACGCCCCCAGUGACGCCGCCAGACACUCCGGUGCUGCGCUCUGGCAUCAACGGCUAUGCGACGAAAUAUGUGGUGCUGGAUCAUCGGCCUGCGGGGGAUAAUGGGCCAUUACAGGUCACUACUCUGUGAAAGACGCCGAGCGUGAGUGAUCCGGUCAUCUCAAGUGAAGGGAAGCGAAUGUGCAAAGGUCACGCCAGUUUGAACCAGGUGAUCUGCGUUGGUGAAAUGUGCUUUGCGAUAUUUCAGGGUGUUAGAAUAGCUGUGUGGGGAUUUGGAAGCCUCGUGUGCAUCCACGAAGCCAUCGGUUCUUGUGUCACAAAUCUAAGUCAGCCCCCACAUGCAUCGAGCCGAGGAGCUUUCAGUGCAAUUUUUAAUGGGGUGAAAAGGGCGCUCAGGCUGCUUUGGUCGCUCACCAGUGAGGUUUUAUUUGAGCCAUACAGAAGCUUAUCAGGGACGCAUGCUUCAUCGUGCCACAACAUGGUAAUCUCUGGGAAUGGAUAGACGAGCUAUGUGGUGAUUAGUUUGUAGGUGGAAGCGUGGAAAUGUUGGUGUAUCGUUUAGAGCAUCAUAGUGCCCUAGGUUAGGAGUAGAAUAUGCCGCGGUGGAUCUGAUGAGGCAUGGCUCACAAUUGCAUAAUCAUUAUCAUGUUCGGGCAGUGUGCGUAUCAAAGGCUCACUAUUGCAGGAUACAACGAACGGCGGGUCAUGCCGUGAUCAGAGUCAAACGACUUUCAUAUGUGAAUGCACCCAUGAAAACGCCAACAAGUGUAGUCGCAAUCAACUUACCUGCACGCUUUGCCUUAUUGUUCUUGUUAGCUGUUUUAUUAAGAUUUAGUAAUUUUACUGUUUUUUUCGCUGGAUAUGAUUUUGUUUUAUUUUUCGUUGGAUAAAAUGUCUUCAAGAUAUUGCUCCUAGUAUGAGCAAUUUCAAAUCAUUUUAUGAAAAUUGUUUUUAAAACAAUUAAUACGGCGAGUGCGUAUGUGUAUGUUUUCAUGAUAGUUAUUGGAAAGAUCCUUGUGAGAUCUUAGGUGGUCUAUAUUGAGAAAUAUCACUACAGGUAGGUAAAUUGCUACUGAAAGUUAUUCAGCAAAACAUUUUCUAAUACUCGCUGUAUAGCAGAGCAUUUCGAAAAAUCGUCUGUUUAGUUUUCUCGUCUGUAAACUGUUAUUGACACGACUUGUCUGAGAUACGGUAUUGUGAGAUACAUUCCGUCGGUGUUAGAUGAAGUAUUGUUGAGGAAACGUUGGCCAGUUAUCUGUUAACGAUGUGAUUUUGUUUGUUUUCCGGAAGGUAAAUUAGCAAUCAGAACUUUACCGGAAUAACGUAGCGGUUACUUGAUAAUAGUUAUUAAUUUCCGUGUAUUUCGUUGAUUAGUUUUUGCCCCAGGCUGUCAAUAAGGAGAUUUGCAAUCGAUAAAAUCGUUAAUGUUCACCUUUUAUCUUGGGCAUCGAACGUCGGAACUGUGCAAUUAUCACUUUGUGCUGGGUUAUGCUAUUUUCUAUUUUAGAAAAAAACAUAUACUCGUAUUGCCCUAUUUAGGUUUCCGACGUAACCGUUUUUCUUCCCGGUCACGUUUUAUGAAAUGAAUGAAAAUACCGUUCGAUUUCGCCGCCUUCUUGCAAGCUUCCUAUUGUUUUGUAUGCCGAAAUGAUAACCGUACUCGAUGGCAUAAUAGAAAGUUACCGCUAUGCAGGGCAUACGAGGCACUCAAACUUAAUGUUCUCGUGUCAGGUGACUUCACUGGAGAAGUACAAUGAUGCUGCCUAGGUGACAUGGUUCUGGACGUAUAUAAAGUAGCAUGUCUGGUGUCAUGAAUCGUCACAAAAGGAAGGAGGUCUUAUAAAAAAAAAACUUAGGAGAACUUGUGUGACGAUUUUGGUGACUCGCUUGCAUUGGGUGUAUGCUGAUUGCUGAGGGGCAAUGUUUGUUUACCUCGUCCUGACGGCCGCGACAUUGUUAUAUGAUUUAUCGUGCAACACAGCGUUUUAUUUCUGUUUGCUUGGACAUGAAUGUGUAAUAGAUAUAUAAUGGCUUAAGUGAUUUAAUGGUACGUACACGUUUGCCAUAUAUUGUGAGAAUGCAAUGUGUAUUGUGUGUGUGUCGGAACCCAUGAAAUGUCGAAAUAAAAUAUGUCCGCCAAA